AUGUCACGUGACAACAAAUCAGGCGAGGAGCAGAGGCGGAGAAAGGUUGAGGAGCUCCGAAAAAUCGGUGAAUUACGUGGUUUUACUACAGAGUACCAACAAAUUACAAAACGGAAAGAGAAUGAGAUAUGUCACAAGAAGAGAGCACCGGCUACUGAUGAAAGAUACAACAGAGCUACCAGAUGGAUGAUGACUCAAGGUGAACCUGAAGACAGGUAUUUCUCCAAGGUGGAGCCAGAUCCCCCCAGCCAGAUCUUAAAACUCUUUUCUGAGAGUUUUAUCUGUCUACGUGAAGGAGACCCACCCUCU